GUAAAGGAAGAGGCCGUUUCCGGAAGCGGCUUAGUCUGUGGAAGGAAGAUGGCGUCUAGCGGAGGCUCUUCGGGGCCCGGCUGGGAGGUUGCGGUCCGGCCGCUGCUCUCAGCCUCCUACUCGGCGUUUGAUAUGAAGGAGCUGCCCCAGCUGGUGGCCUCGGUGAUAGAAAGUGAAUCGGAGAUUCUGCACCACGACAAACAGUAUGAGCCCUUCUAUUCCUCCUUUGUGGCGCUGUCCACUCACUACAUCACCACAGUGUGCAGCCAGAUUCCUAGGAACCAGCUGCAAUCUGUCGCUGCUGCCUGCAAAGUUCUGCUUGAAUUCUCCCUGCUACGACUGGAGAGCCCCGACGAGGCCUGCGCUGUCUCCCAGAAGCACCUGAUCCUGCUCAUUAAGGGGCUAUGCAGCGGUACCAGCCGCUUGGACCGAACCGAGAUAAUCACCUUUACAGCGAUGAUGAAAUCCUCCAAGCUCCCUCAGACCGUGCAGACUCUCUCUGAUGUGGAGGACCAGAAAGAAAUUUCAAUUCUGCCGAGCCCAGAACUGCGCCAGAAAGAGGUCCAGAUGAACUUCCUGAACCAGCUGACUUCUGUAUUUAACCCCAGAGGGGCAGGCUCCCCGCCUCUUGCAUCGCACACACAGGUGGAAAAUGAGAGUGAAGAUUCUACUGCCGAUCCGGUGUCUAAUGCCAAAACUAAGAGCAUCUUCAUAGCCCAGAACGUGGCCAGUCUCCAAGAACUAGGGGGAUCAGAGAAGCUGCUGCGCGUAUGUUUAAACCUCCCCUACUUCCUGAGGUACAUCAACAGGUUUCAGGAUGCCGUGUCGGCCAACUCCUUUUUCAUCAUGCCGGCUACUGUCGGAGACGCAACUGCUGUGCGCAAUGGGUUCCACUCUCUCGUGAUUGACGUGACUAUGGCCCUUGAUACACUGUCCUUGCCUGUCAUGGAGCCCCUCACUCCCCAGCGACUGAAGGAUGUCACCUUAUUGGCCCUCAGCUGUUUGUAUGCAGGUGUGAGUGUUGCAACGUGUAUGGCAAUCCUCCAUGUUGGAAGCACCCAGCAAGUCCGAACAGGAUCCACCAGCUGCAAAGAGGAAGACUAUGAGAAUGACGCUGCGACCAUUGUGCAGAAAUGUCUGGAAAUCUAUGAGAUGAUCGGGCAGGCCAUUAACAGCUCCCGCAGAGCCGGAGGAGAGCAUUACCAGAACUUCCAGCUCCUGGGGGCCUGGUGUUUGGUUAACAGCCUCUACCUGAUCCUGAACCUGAGCCCCACUGCUCUUGCUGACAAAGGGAAAGAGAAAGAUCCCCUGGCAGCGCUUAGGGUUCGGGACAUUGCGCGAGCCAAGGAAGGUGUGGGCUCCCCCAAACUGGGACCUGGGAAAGGACACCAGGGGUUUGGGGUCCUGUCUGUGGUUCUGGCAAACCAUGCAAUCAAAUUGCUCACAUCACUGUUCCAGGACCUGCAAGUGGAAACUCUGCACAAGCAGCCAUUGGACACAGACGGACCCCUGGCAGAGCUAAGCAUUUCAGCUCAGAGCACAUCUAUUCAAAGGAUCCAGCGGCUUAUUGAUUCCAUCCCUCUGACCAACCUGCUCUUCACUAUCCUGUUAACGUCCUACCGCAAGGCUUGUGUCCUGCAGCGCCAAAGGAAGGGCUCUAUGAGCAGCGAUGCCAGCGCCUCUACAGACUCCAAUACAUACUAUGAGGAUGACUUCAGCAGCACAGAAGAGGACAGUAGUCAGGAUGAUGACAUCGAGCCCAUCCUGGGGCAGUGGUUUGAAGAAACAAUCUCCCCAAACAAAGAAAAAGCCGUUCCUCCUCCGCCUCCUCCCCCACCCCCUCUAGAGAGCUCCCCAAAAGCAAAGAGCCCCAGCAAGCAAAAUAACGGGGAAAACGGCAAUAUUUUGGCCAGCCGCAAGGAUCCAGAACUGUUCCUCAGCCUGGCUUCCAGCACUUUGAACUUCAUCACGGGCUGCAUGCUGAAUUCUCGUAGCAACUUCAUCCGGAACUAUCUGAGCGUUUCUCUGACCGAGCAACACAUGGCCACUCUGGCCAGCAUCAUCAAGGACAUGGAUAAAGACGGCCUGAAAGGCUCCUCGGGUGAAGACUUUGCAGUUGCUUUGUACCAGUUUAACCACUGCCUUGUGACUUCAGAUCUGCAGUCUCCUACACUACAGAAUGCUCUCCUACAGCAACUGGGGGUCGCUCCUUUAAGCGAGGGUCCGUGGCCUCUCUAUAUUCAUGCCCAAAGCCUCUCGGUGCUGUCACGUCUGCUCCUUCUCUGGCAGCAUAAGGCAAGCGCUCAGGGAGAGCCGGACGUGCCUGAUUGUCUACGAGUUUGGGAGAGGUUUGUUGGGACUCUGAAACAGAAUGCGCUGCAGGGAGUGCUUCCUGGCGACACCGAAGAUGUGAAUGUGGAUCAUCUUCAGCUGCUUCUACUGAUCUUCCAUAACUUGUCAGAGAAAGGACGCCGCACCGUGCUCUUACUGUGUGUCCAGACCCUGCAGGAGCUGUCGGGCAGCCUGGAGUCCCAACUCUGUACUGUACCUCUGCUGCUCGGCCGACUGCUGCUUGUGUUCGAUUACCUGCUGCACCAGUACUCUAAGCCCCCUCUCUAUCUGUUUGAGCAGGUGCAACAUAACCUUCUGACUCCACCUUUUGGCUCCGGAACGUCUCAGGACAGUACCACUCGCACCUCUCCUCUAUACCAUGGUUUUAAAGAAGUUGAAGAAAACUGGACGAAACACUGUUCUGCAGAUGCUGCCCCACAGCCGCGCUUCUAUAGCAUUCUGUCCCAGGAAGCUUCAGAGGAUGACCUUCAUCGGCUGGACAGCACAGUGUGCGAAGUCUUGUUCUCCAGAACCAUAAAGUACGACGACCUGUACUCGUCCUUAAUUUCCUUGCUCGCUGCCGGAUCGCAGUUUGAUACAGUGCGACGGAAUGAAAACAAAAAUAUUACACCCCUGGAGGCUUGUGCACUGCAAUAUCACUUCCUGAUACUGUGGAGAAUACUGGGAAUUUUACCUCCAUCCAAGGGCUACAUCAAACAGCUCUCCCUAAAUGGGGCCGCUUCUACUGAAUGUGAAAUCCUGCACACCCUGCGCUGGGCCUCCCGCCUCCGAGUCUCUUCAUACCAGCAGUGGAUCAAGGAUCAUCUUGCAAAACAGGGCAUGAAGCCUGAGCUGGCUGCUACAUCGAUUGAGCAAACGUCGGCCAAAUGCAACUCCAUUAAAUACGACGUGGAGGUGGCAGAGGAAUACAUCGCCAAACAGAUUUCCACAUACUGCAGCACCGGCACUUACACAUUUGAGCAGCUGCGCCAGGGGCCCAACUUGCAGUGCAUUUAUACACUGGACGCCGUGAUCUGCAAGGUGCAGGUGUCUCUGGAUGAGCAUUUCUCCAGGCUCUCAACCGAGACCGACCCACAAAAAACCUCGCAAGUAGCCAAGAACCUCCUGCCUGCUGCCUUACAGCUCCUGGAUAUGUAUGCAUCUCUCACACGGUGCUACCUGCUGCAGAACCUCCCCGAGGAAGGAUCCGACGAGCAGAAGCUGCUGGGAUAUGCUGCUGUGCUUUCAGUUGGCUCUGCAAUGUGCAAGGCUAACACUCUGGGCCCAAUCCUGGUGCAGAAUCUUCCGACUGCCGUGCAGUCUGUGUGCGAGUCUUGGAAUAACAUCUACACUAACGAAUUUCCCAGCAUUGGCUCGUGGCGUAACGCCUUCGCCAAUGACACGAUUCCCUCGGAGAGCUAUAUCGGCGCUGUACAAGCGGCUCACCUGGGUACCCUGUGCAGCCCGGCCCUGUCUCUCGCUGCCUCCCUUAAGCACGUUCUCCUGUCGCUGGUCAGGCUCACCGGGGAUCUGAUAGUAUGGUGCCCUGAGGAUCUGAAUUCACGGCAGCUCGUACAAUCCCUGCUCCCCCUUCUCCUGGAGAGCAGCACAGAGAGCGUGGCUGUGUUUUGCAGUAACUCCCUGGAGCGGGUUCUGGGCCCCGCAGAGUCCGAUGAAUUCCUCUCCAAGGUGUAUGAGAAACUUAUCACCGGCUGUUACAAUAUCCUGGCCAACUACUCCGACCCAGCAAGUGGUCUCGACGAAUCCAUUUUAGAGGAGUGUCUGCAACACUUGGAGAAGCAACUAGAAAGCAGCCAAGCCCGCAAAGCAAUGGAGGAAUUCUUUACUGACAGGGGAGAACUGGUGCAGAUCAUGAUGGCCACUGCAAAUGAGGCCCUUUCAGCCAGAUUCUGUAACAAAGUCCUGAAGUUCUUUACCAAGCUCUUCCAAUUAACUGAGAAGAGCCCCAAUCCCAGCCUUCUGCGUCUCUGUGGAACACUGGCCCAGCUCGCCUGCGUGGAGCCACCUCGCUUACAGUCCUGGCUCAUCCGUAUGACUGCAGCACCACCCAAGGACUCAGACCAAUCAGAAAUUGUGCAAGAGAACCGUCAGUUACUGCAACUGCUGACUGCUUACAUUGUGCGAGAGAACAGCCAAGUAGGAGAAGGCGUUUGCACAGUGCUGCUCAGCACCCUCAUACCCAUGGCCACCGACCUUCUUGCUAACGGCGAUGGAACAGGCUUCCCGGAGCUGAUAGUGGUCAUGGCUACUUUGGCUAGUGCUGGACAAGGGGCUGGACAUCUACAGCUGCACAGAGCCGCCAUGGAUUGGUUGUCCCGAUGUAAGAAGUACCUUUCACAGAAAAAUGUUGUGGAGAAAAUGAACAACAACGUGAUGCAGGGGAAGCAUGUAACCAUCCUGGAGUGCACGUGUCACAUUGUGGCGUAUCUGGCCGAUGUCACCAAUGCCUUGAGUCACAGCUCGGGACACGGGCACAGCCACCCCCCUGUUGAUGGGGAGGAGCGAGCAAUAGAGGUGGAUUCUGAUUGGGUAGAGGAGUUGGCAGUAGAAGAAGAUGACUCUCAGGCUGAGGACUCUGAUGAAGAUUCCUUGUGCAAUAAACUUUGCACAUUUACGAUUACCCAGAAGGAGUUCAUGAAUCAGCAUUGGUAUCACUGCCACACAUGCAGAAUGGUGGAUGGCGUGGGAGUGUGUACGGUGUGCGCUAAAGUAUGCCACAAGGAUCAUGAGAUUUCCUACGCCAAAUACGGCUCCUUUUUCUGUGACUGUGGUGCAAAGGAAGAUGGCAGCUGCCUGGCUCUUGUUAAGAGAACCCCCAGCAGUGGGAUUGGCUCCACCAUGAAAGAAUCUGCCUUCCAGAACGAGCCACGCCUUCCAGAGAGCACAAUCCGCCACAUAGGCUCCGCCCUCACAGACAAGGGCAAGGUCACCAUCAGUGACGGGAAGGGAGAGGAUGACAAACCAAAGAGGAGCAGCUUGUGCCGUAACAUUGAAGGUUGCAGAGAGGAACUCGUAUGUCAGGCUAAUGUCUCCUUUGCACCCCUAGUUCUGGAUAUGUUAAACUUCUUGAUGGGUGCCAUCCAAAACAACUUCCAGCAGGCUUCUGCCGUUGGGAGCAGCAGCCGAGCCCAACAGGCUUUGGAUCAAUUACACUCUAUGGACAAGAACGUGGAAAUGACCGAUCAGCUGAUGGUUCCCACUCUCGGCUCUCAGGAAGGAGCUUUUGAGAACGUGAGAAUGAAUUACAGCGGGGACCAGGGACAGACAAUCCGGCAACUGAUCAGCGCCCACGUGUUGCGCAGAGUUGCAAUGUGCGUCCUGUCCUCCCCCCACGGUCGGCGCCAGCAUCUUGCCGUUAGCCACGAAAAGGGAAAAAUUACAGUACUACAACUCUCCGCUCUCCUGAAACAAGCGGAUUCCAGCAAGAGAAAACUCACCUUGACACGCCUGGCCUCUGCCCCUGUUCCCUUCACUGUUCUCAGCUUGACUGGUAACCCUUGCAAGGAGGAUUACCUGGCUGUGUGUGGCCUUAAGGACUGUCACGUACUGACAUUCAGCAGCUCUGGAUCAGUCUCCGAUCACUUGGUGCUUCAUCCUCAGUUGGCAACCGGAAAUUUCAUCAUCAAAGCCGUGUGGUUGCCGGGUUCCCAGACUGAACUGGCCAUUGUAACGGCAGACUUUGUGAAGGUUUAUGACUUGUCUACGGACGCUCUCAGUCCAACGUUCUACUUCCUGCUGCCGAGCUCCAAAAUCCGCGACGUCACGUUCCUUUUCAACGAGGAGGGAAAGAACAUCAUCGUCAUUAUGUCCUCUGCGGGGUAUGUGUACACACAGCUGAUGGAGGAGGCCAGCAGCGCCAGGCACGGGCCCUUUUAUGUCACCAACGUUCUGGAAGUGAACCAUGAAGAACUUAAGGACAGUAACGGGCAAGUAGCAGGAGGAGGAGUGUCCGUCUAUUACUCUCACGUCCUUCAGAUGCUUUUCUUCAGUUACAGUCAAGGCAAAUCCUUCGCCGCCACCAUUAACCGAGUGACUUUGGAGAUACUGCGCCUUUUCCCCAUUAAUAUAAAGAGCUCUAAUGGAGGAAGUAAGACCUCUCCGGCCCUUUGCCAGUGGUCAGAAGUAAUGAACCAUCCUGGCUUGGUGUGCUGCGUCCAGCAGACGACGGGCAUUCCUCUCGUGGUCAUGGUAAAACCCGACAGCUUCCUUAUACAGGAGAUUAAGACUUUGCCGGCUAAAGCCAAGAUUCAGGAUAUGGUGGCCAUUCGGCACACAGCCAGCAACGACCAGCAGAGGACCACCAUGAUCCUUCUGUGUGAGGAUGGAAGUUUGCGCAUCUAUAUGGCCAAUGUAGAGAACACAUCCUAUUGGCUUCAGCCUUCUCUGCAGCCCAGCAGCAGCAUUUGUAUCUUGAAGCCCGUCCGGAAACGCAAGCCUGCCGCCGUCAUGACCCGAGCAUCCAGCCAGGUGACCUUUCCUAUUGAUUUCUUCGAGCACAAUCAGCAGCUCACAGACGUGGAGUUUGGAGGCAAUGACCUCUUGCAGUUGUACAACGCACAGCAGAUAAAGCACCGACUCAAUUCCACCGGCAUGUACGUUGCAAACACUAAGCCGGGCGGAUUUACCGUUGAAGUUACCAACAACAACAGCACCAUGGUUAUGACUGGAAUGCGCCUACAGAUUGGGACCCAGGCCAUCGAGCGAGCCCCGUCUUACAUUGAGAUGUUUGGCCGCACUAUGCAGUUAAAUCUGAGCCGCGCACGGUGGUUUGACUUCCCCUUUACGCGUGAAGAAGCCCUGCAGGCAGACAAAAAGUUAACCUUAUUCAUUGGUGCUUCUGUGGAUCCCGCUGGAGUCACCAUGAUCGACGCUAUUAAAAUAUAUGGGAAGACCAAGGAGCAGUUCGGUUGGCCUGACGAACCCCCUGAUGAUUUCCCAUCUGCCUCGGUGAGCAGCGUGUGUCCCCCCAACCUGAACCAGGGGAACGGAUCCACAGAUGGAGAGACGGCCGCUCCGCCCUCGACCAAUGGCACGGUUAUUGAAAGUCCUGACCCUGAACCCCUAACGAUCUUGGACCGACUUGUGGGAAGCUCUUUGGAAGCCCUAGAAAGCUGCUUUGCCUACGGACCAGUGCCGGAGAAGGAAAAAAGCAAGGCGUCUGCCCUUGAACUGGCCACUGUCCUGCUGUCCAUCCCCACCCCAUCCAGUGUGCAGCUCCAGACCAAGAAUCUCCUGGCCAGUCUGCAUACCAGCCGCUCUGCCUAUCAUAAUCACAAGGAUCAGGCGCUAUUGAGCAACGCCGUGCAGUGUCUUUCGUCCUGCGCCCGCGAAGCCAAGGACCUCGACCCAGAUGUAUUCCAGAGGUUGGUCAUCACUGCCCGGUCUAUUGCCAUCAUGCGCCCAAACAACCUGGUCCAUUUCACCGAUUCCAAGCUGCCAGUGGGAGAUGCAGAGAGCGGCGAGGAAGGGAAAGAGGCACAGAGAGCUACAGAUGGAGACGAGGCCUAUUCUUUCAUCACGCAGCUCGUUAGCCAGUUCUGGAAACUUCACGCCUCUAAACCAAAAAAUGCUUUCCUGGCCCCUGCCUGCUUACCCGGGCUCACUCACGUGGAAGCCACGGUCAAUGCUCUGAUUGACAUCAUACAUGGAUACUGUGCGUGCGAGUUGGACUGUAUUAAUCUGGCCUCCAAGAUCUACAUGCAGAUGCUGCUGUGCCCGGACCCUGCUGUGAGUUUUUCUUGCAAGCAAGCUCUUAUUCGGGUGCUGCGGCCUCGCAAUAAACGCCGUCAUGUGACCCUGCCGUCUUCUCCACGCAGUAACACACCCAUGGGAGACAAGGACGAUGAUGACGACGACGAAGCUGAAGACAAGAUGCAGAGUUCAGGUAUCCCCCAUGGGGAGCACCUCCGGCAGCAGAGCCAAGAACAGAAUGAGACCGACCACGGGGACUUUGAGAUGGUGUCGGAGUCUAUGGUGCUGGAGAGCGCCGACAGUGUUAACAACGGUAACCCAUCACCUCUGGAGGCGCUCCUGGCUGGAGCUGAGGGCUUCCCCCCAAUGCUUGAUAUUCCUCCAGAUGCCGACGACGAGACCAUGGUGGAACUGGCAAUUGCUCUCAGCCUGCAGCAGGAUCAGCAGGUGUUCUCUGUUCUCUUCACAGGGAGCAGCAGCAGCGCCCUAGGGUUACAGAGUUUGGGGCUCUCUGGGCAGGCUCCGAGCUCCUCUUCCUUGGAUGCAGGAACCUUAUCCGACACCACCGCAUCAGCUCUCCUCAUGCUUAUAGCUCCAGCCUCAGAUGACGAAGGAAGCACGGCGGCAACAGACGGCUCCACCCUGCGCACAUCCCCAGCGGAUCACGGAGGCAGCGUGGGCUCAGAAAGCGGCGGGAGUGCUGUAGACUCGGUGGCCGGUGAGCAUAGUGUUUCAGGACGCAGCAGUGCUUAUGGCGACACCACUGUUGAGGGACAUCCGACAGGACCCGGGAGCAUUAGUUCCAGCACCGGGGCAAUCAGCACCACUACGGGCCAACACGAAGGAGACGGUUCUGAAGGAGAAGGGGAGACAGAGGGCGACACUCACACCAGCAACAGACUCCACAUGGUGCGCCUUAUGCUGCUAGAGCGUCUGCUUCAGACCCUGCCCAGUCUGCGAGGGGUCGGAGGGGUCCGUGCCAUCCCAUACAUGCAGGUACUACUGAUGCUGACGGCAGAUCUUGAUGGAGAGGAUGAGAAGGAUAAAGGGGCACUGGAUAACCUGCUGUCCCAGCUGAUUGCAGAGCUCGGCCUGGACAAAAAGGACGUGGCCAAGAAGAAUGAACGCACGGCACUGAACGAAGUGCACUUGGUCAUCAUGAGGCUGCUCAGCGUCUUCAUGUCAAGAACAAAAUCCGGCUCCAAAUCCUCCAUCUGUGAGUCGUCGUCGCUGAUCUCUAGUGCGACCGCCACCGCCCUGCUGAGCUCCGGAGCCGUCGAUUACUGCCUGCACGUGCUCAAGUCUCUCCUCGACUACUGGAAGAGCCAGCAGAGCGACGAGGAGCCCGUGGCUACCAGCCAACUCCUCAAGCCCCAUACCACUUCCUCCCCUCCCGACAUGAGCCCCUUUUUCCUGCGUCAGUACGUUAAGGGCCACGCUGCUGAUGUUUUCCAGGCCUACACCCAGCUGCUGACAGAGAUGGUUCUACGCCUUCCCUACCAAAUUAAGAAAAUUGCCGAUACCAGCUCCCGUAUCCCCCCUCCUGUGUUCGAUCACUCCUGGUUUUACCUCCUGUCUGAGUACCUGAUGAUUCAACAGACUCCAUUCGUUCGCCGGCAAGUGCGUAAGCUCCUCCUCUUCAUCUGCGGCUCCAAAGAGAAAUACCGGCAGCAGAGGGACUUGCACACCCUCGAUUCCCACGUCAAAAGCAUCAAAAAGCUUCUGGAGGAACAUGGCAUUUUCCUGCGUGCCGGCGUAGUCACUGCCAGCUCCGGGUCCGCAUUGCAGUAUGAUACGCUCAUUAACUUGAUGGAACAUCUCAAAGCCUGUGCGGAGAUCGCAUCCCAGAGAACCAUCAACUGGCAAAAAUUUUGCAUCAAAGAUGACUCGGUGCUGUACUUCCUGCUGCAAGUCAGUUUCCUGGUGGAUGAGGGCGUAUCCCCGGUGCUGCUGCAGCUCCUCUCCUGCGCCCUGUGCGGCAGUAAAGUGCUCUCUGCGUCGUCCUUCUCCGGUUCAAACGCUCAGCCUUCCUCGGGCCAGGCCGGCUCCCAGACCAAAUCGUCCACUAAGAAGAGUAAGAAGGAGGAUAAGGAGAAAGACAAAGAAGGAGAAAGUGCAAACAGCCAAGAGGAGCAGCACUGCACUGCGCUGGUCAAUCAGCUAAAUAAAUACGCAGACAAGGAGACCCUUAUCCAGUUCCUGCGCUGCUUCCUACUAGAAUCAAAUGCCUCCGCUGUGCGCUGGCAGGCCCACUGCUUAGCUCUCCAUAUAUACAGGAACUCUAACAAGUCCCAGCAAGAACUGUUACUAGAUCUUAUGUGGUCCAUUUGGCCAGAACUCCCGGCUUACGGGCGCAAAGCUGCUCAGUUCGUAGAUCUGCUUGGAUACUUUUCACUGAAGACCCCUCAGAGUGAGAAGAAGUUCAAGGAAUACUCCCAGAAGGCCGUGGAAAUCUUGCGAACCCAAAACCACAUCUUGACCAACCACCCCAACUCCAACAUUUACAACACCCUUUCUGGCCUGGUAGAAUUUGAUGGUUAUUAUUUGGAAAGUGACCCGUGCCUGGUGUGUAAUAACCCAGAAGUUCCCUUGUGUAACAUCAAGCUAUCCUCUAUAAAGGUGGACACGCGCUACACUACAACCCAGCAGGUGGUUAAACUCAUCGGCAGCCACACUAUCAGCAAAGUAACGGUGAAGAUCGGGGACCUUAAACGGACCAAGAUGGUGCGGACCAUCAACCUGUACUAUAACAACCGCACCGUGCAGGCCAUUGUUGAGCUUAAAAACAAGCCUGCCCGCUGGCACAAAGCCAAGAAAGUGCAACUGACCCCCGGGCAAACCGAGGUAAAGAUCGACCUUCCGCUGCCUAUCGUGGCGUCAAACUUGAUGAUCGAGUUUGCCGACUUCUAUGAGAAUUAUCAGGCCUCCUCCGAGACCCUGCAGUGUCCUCGUUGCAGCGCCUCUGUACCCGCCAAUCCCGGAGUCUGCGGCAACUGCGGCGAGAAUGUGUACCAGUGUCACAAAUGCAGAUCCAUUAAUUACGAUGAGAAGGAUCCGUUCCUGUGCAACGCCUGCGGUUUCUGCAAGUACGCGCGCUUUGAUUUCAUGCUUUACGCCAGACCCUGCUGCGCAGUGGAUCCAAUUGAAAACGAAGAAGAUCGGAAGAAAGCUGUUACCAAUAUUAACACCCUGCUGGACAAAGCUGACCGUGUGUACCACCAGUUGAUGGGCCACCGACCCCAGCUGGAGAAUUUGCUGUGCAAAGUGAAUGAGGCUGCGCCGGAGAAGCCCCAGGAUGACUCUGCAAACGCCGGAAGCAUAAGUUCUACCUCUGCCAGUGUGAACAGAUACAUCUUACAGCUGGCCCAGGAAUACUGCGGAGACUGCAAGAAUUCUUUUGAUGAGCUCUCUAAGAUCAUUCAGAAAGUCUUUGCCUCUCGGAAGGAGCUGCUGGAGUACGACCUUCAGCAAAGAGAAGCAGCCACUAAAUCUUCCCGCACCACCGUGCAGCCCACCUUUACCGCCAGUCAGUACAGAUCCCUGUCGGUGCUGGGCUGCGGCCAUACCUCCUCCACUAAGUGCUACGGAUGCGCCUCGGCCGUGACCGAACACUGUAUUACGCUGCUCCGUGCCCUGGCCACCAACAGUACGAUCAGGCACAUCCUGGUAUCACAAGGGCUGAUCCGGGAACUUUUUGACUAUAACCUGCGACGUGGGCCUGCCACCAUGCGGGAUGAGGUGCGGCAGGUCAUGUGCCUUCUUACCAGGGACAAUCCAGAAGCCACACAACAGAUGAACGAUCUGAUCAUAGGGAAGGUGUCCACUGCUCUCAAAGGCCACUGGGCCAAUCCGGACCUGGCCAGCAGCCUUCAGUACGAGAUGCUGCUCCUCACAGACUCCAUAUCCAAAGAGGACAACUGCUGGGAGCUCCGCCUGCGCUGCGCUCUGAGCCUGUUCCUGAUGGCUGUAAAUAUAAAAACCCCAGUAGUAGUGGAGAACAUCACUUUGAUGUGCCUGCGGAUCCUUCAGAAGCUCAUUAAACCCCCGUCUCCAACCAGCAAGAAGAACAAGGAGGUUCCCAUGGACACCCUUACAACAGUCAAACCCUACAGCAAUGAGAUUCAUGCUCAGGCCCCGCAGUGGCUGAAGAGGGACCCGAAGGCCUCGUAUGAAGCUUGGAAGAAAUGCCUCUCUGCCCGUGGUACAGAUCAAAGCGGCAAGUCUCCCAGCAAAGCAGAGAGGCGGCAGUUGUACUUGCAGGAGAAAUACGUCUGGAAAUGGAAACAGUUCAUGAGCAGGAAGGGCAAAAGGACGUCACCCCUGGACCUCAAAUUGGGGCACAACAAUUGGCUGAGACAGGUUUUAUUCACCCCGGCCACCCAAGCAGCUCGCCAGGCUGCAUGCACCAUCGUGGAGGCAUUGGCCACCAUUCCUAGCCGCAGGCAGCAGGUCCUGGAUCUACUCACCAGCUAUUUGGAUGAGCUGAGCGUCGCAGGGGAGUGCGCCGCCGAGUAUCUGGCCCUUUAUCAGAAACUGAUCAAACCCGCUCACUGGAAAGUGUAUCUCGCAGCCAGAGGGGUCCUGCCGUAUGUGGGCAAUCUCAUCACCAAGGAGAUUGCACGUUUGCUGGCACUGGAAGAAGCAACUCUCAGUACAGAUUUGCAGCAGGGCUAUGCCUUGAAGAGCCUCACAGGCCUCCUGUCAUCAUUUGUGGAGGUUGAAUCAAUCAAACGCCACUUCAAAAGCCGCCUGGUUGGCACUGUAUUAAACGGCUACCUGUGCCUCAGGAAGCUGGUGGUGCAGAGAACCAAGCUGAUAGACGAGACCCAGGACAUGUUACUGGAAAUGCUGGAGGACAUGACAACAGGAACCGAAUCAGAGACCAAGGCCUUUAUGGCAGUGUGCAUUGAGACAGCCAAGCGCUACAGCCUAGACGAUUACCGGACCCCUGUAUUUAUAUUUGAAAGACUCUGCAGUAUCAUAUAUCCUGAAGAGAAUGAAGUGACAGAAUUCUUUGUUACCCUUGAGAAAGACCCCCAACAGGAGGAUUUCCUACAGGGGCGGAUGCCAGGGAACCCCUACAGCAGCAAUGAGCCGGGUAUUGGGCCCCUCAUGAGGGAUAUUAAGAACAAAAUCUGCCAGGACUGUGACCUUGUGGCCCUGCUGGAAGACGACAGCGGCAUGGAGCUACUGGUGAACAACAAGAUCAUCAGCCUGGACCUGCCUGUUGCUGAAGUUUACAAGAGGGUUUGGUGUCCGACCAAUGAGGGAGAGCCAAUGAGAAUCAUCUAUAGAAUGCGAGGCCUUUUGGGGGAUGCAACAGAGGAAUUCAUUGAAUCCUUGGAUUCCACCACAGAUGAAGAGGAGGACGAGGAAGAAGUGUACAAGAUGGCAGGAGUCAUGGCCCAGUGUGGCGGCCUGGAGUGUAUGCUGAAUCGCCUCACAGGAAUCAAGGAUUUCAAGCAGGGGCGCCACCUUCUCACCGUCCUCCUGAAACUGUUCAGUUACUGUGUGAAGGUGAAAGUCAACAGACAGCAGCUCGUGAAGCUGGAGAUGAACACCCUGAAUGUGAUGUUGGGCACGCUGAACCUGGCUUUGGUUGCUGAGCAGGAGAGCAAGGACAGUGGAGGAGCAGCCGUAGCCGAGCAGGUCCUGAGUAUCAUGGAGAUUAUCUUGGAUGAGUCCAACGCAGAGCCACUGAGUGAGGACAAGGGCAACCUUCUGCUGACCGGAGACAAGGAUCAGCUCGUAAUGUUGCUCGACCAGAUCAACAGCACCUUUGUGCGCUCCAACCCCAGUGUCCUGCAGGGUUUGCUGCGCAUCAUCCCCUACCUGUCCUUUGGCGAGAUGGAGAAGAUGCAGAUUCUGGUGGAUCGAUUUAAACCCUAUUGCACUUUUGAGAAGUACGACGACGAGCACAGUGCCGACGACAAAGUCUUCCUGGACUGUUUCUGCAAGAUCGCCGCUGGCAUUAAGAAUAACAGCAACGGGCACCAACUAAAGGACCUGAUCCUCCAGAAGGGCAUUACCCAGAAUGCACUGGACUAUAUGAAGAAGCACAUCCCCAGUGCCAAAAACCUGGAUGCAGAUAUAUGGAAGAAGUUCCUGUCCCGGCCUGCUCUGCCCUUUAUAUUGCGCUUGCUGCGAGGAUUGGCCACACAGCACCCUCCCACCCAGGCUCUGAUCGGCACCGACUCCAUCUCAAAUCUGCACAAACUGGAGCAGGUCUCUAGUGACGAAGGUAUCGGGACUCUGGCCGAGAAUCUCCUGGAGGCUCUCAGGGAACACCCGGAUGUCAAUAAAAAGAUUGAUGCUGCGCGGAAAGAGACUCGGGCGGAGAAGAAACGCAUGGCGAUGGCAAUGAGGCAGAAAGCACUGGGCACUUUGGGGAUGACUACAAACGAGAAGGGUCAGGUAGUGACGAAGACCACCCUGCUGAAGCAGAUGGAGGAACUCAUUGAGGAACCCGGACUCACCUGCUGCAUCUGCAGAGAAGGCUACAAGUUCCAGCCCACCAAAGUGCUCGGCAUUUACACCUUCACCAAACGCAUGAACCUGGAGGAGCUGGAGAACAAGUCGCGCAAGCAGCAGGGGUACAGCACCGUGUCCCACUUCAACAUCGUGCACUACGACUGUCACCUUGCCGCCGUCAGGUUGGCCCGAGGACGGGAGGAGUGGGACAGCGCCGCCCUGCAGAAUGCCAACACUAAAUGCAAUGGCUUGCUUCCUGUUUGGGGCCCCCAUGUACCAGAGUCUGCAUUUGCAACUUGCUUAGCUAGGCACAACACAUACCUGCAGGAGUGUACGGGUCAGAGGGAACCCACCUACCAGCUCAACAUCCACGACCUGAAGCUCCUCUUCCUCCGAUUCGCCAUGGAGCAGUCGUUCAGCGCCGACACGGGAGGAGGGGGCAGGGAGAGCAACAUCCAUCUCAUCCCCUACAUCAUCCACACCGUGCUCUAUGUGCUCAACACAACCCGGGCCAUAUCCCGAGAAGAGAAGAACGUCCAGACCUUUUUAGAGCAGCCCAAAGAGAAAUGGGUGGAAAGUGCCUUCGACGUAGACGGACCCCAUUAUUACACGGUGCUAGCGCUUCACCUCCUUCCCACCGAGAGGUGGAAAACCAUCCGAAUCGACGUGUUACGCCGGCUGCUCGUCAUCAGUCACGCGCGGGCAGCGUCGCCCAGCGGCGCCAACAGGCUGACGGAUAAGAGCAUAAGAGACUACUCCGUGUAUCGCUCCAGCCUGCUCUUCUGGGCCCUGGUCGACCUCAUUUAUAAUAUGUAUAAGAAGGUACCAACGAGUAACACAGAGGGGGGCUGGUCGUACUCCCUGGCUGAUUACAUCCGGCUCAACGACAUGCCCAUCUACGAGGCUGCCGACAAAGCCCUAAAGACCUUCCAGGAUGAGUUCAUGCCGGUGGAAUCCUUCUCCGAGUUCAUAGACGUGGCCGGGCUUUUAUCCGAAAUCGAAGACCCUGAUGGCUUCCUCCGCGAUCUGCUCAACUCGGUCCCCUGAGCCCCCACAGAAACGGAUUUGCUUUAAGCCUCUGCCGAUUCCGUGCCCCUUCUGCCCCCCGAGUGCCUCUGUAACGCCCCCCCAUUCUGAGUUGUGCUGUGUGUCCCUGGAAGCAAUGGGCCUAGAGCCCCUGGAGCAGCAGAACCCACAGCACCUUUCCUGGUUCUUGCGCCUCAUUCUCACCCCCCCGAGACCCAGAGAUGUCACUGCCCCCCCGAGUGCCGGCUUUUCGUGUAUGAAUUUUGCAGUGUGCAAUAAUCCGGAUCGAUUAAAGAACAUCGCAAAGUGAGUGGGAACUGGACCCAGCGGCACCACAGGACUUUCCUCUUUCCAAUUGCAUGAAUUAUCCGGUCCCCGGUGCGGUUCCAUGAGUGCAUGUCCCUUCCCAACUGCCUCCAUCACCAUAACAACGUCCUGCUACUUACCCCUCACUGAGCUUCCCCGUGUGCCCCCCCAGCCCCACAGGGGCCCACGAACUUCCCAUCUGACAGUUAAGGAUGGCAGUCUCUCAAUAUCAGGGGUCCGGCUACACAUCUCCGCUGCGCCAGUUUGGGUCGGGCACAUGUCGGCCUGGUGUGUGUGUAUUUGGUUUGAUCCCUCUGUAUAAGCCUCUGUGAGUUCUGGUGGCCCAGAUUAUCCGCUGUGUGUAAGUCCAAUAAAGCUUUCAUUUCUCAGUCUGA